GCGCUCAAACGCUACCCCUGUUACAAGCAUGAGUGGUUGACUUCAUGCAGACAUGCGCAGACAUUGAAGUACCGCGAGAGUGAUUCAAAAGCCCACGAAACAGUGUAACCACGCGGUACUGUGAUGUCAUACUGGUUAACGCUAAGCCACGUGAAGCCGGACACAAGGGCUACACUAAUCUUUGGGCUGGAGUAGCCUGUGGUUUUUAAGGCUUCGUGUCUCAUCGCGUUAAACGAUCGCAGAACGAUUUAUUUCUCUUUUUCACCUCGAUCUUUGGCCUCGUGUGAUUUACCAAAACCAACAUGUGAAGUUACAACGCUGACGAAGGAGUUUCAUCAGUAGAGGAGAGGCGUCACUUGAUUCCAGUAGUCCUGACUUUGUUCCCUCAUUGUUUGUGUACAAAAAACAAACGCAGAUACCUCAGGCAAAAAUGGAAAGGUAUCACAGGAAAAUGAAGAGAGAUGAAUACCCUAAAAUGCAACCUGCUCCUUCCACGGCUGAAAUGGAACAAGACUGUCCCAUUGAUCAUUGCAAUGAUGAGGAGGAAGCUGAAGUGAACCACCCAGUGUCGAGAGAGGAAUAUGAUGAUCUUUGCGUUAGACAUCGUCAACUGCAGGAAGACUACAUCAACCUGCAGCAGGACUGUUUUAAAUUACGCCGUGAGAAUGAAGGAUUAAGUGAAGAAUUGCAGAAUUCCAAAUUUUCAUACAGAAAUGUUAAGAGUAACACUGGACAAUUACUGUUUUUCACUGGACUGACCUCUGUAAUCUUUGAAUGGCUCCUUAAAAAAUUAAGUGGCAGUAUUGAGGUAAGUCACCAAGCCCUUCCUCUAGAGGACCAAUUGUUGAUGGUCUUGAUGAAAUUAAGGAUGGGCCUCAGUAACACUGAUCUAGCAUAUAGAUUUCAUGUAACACCAAGCACUGUAUCAAAUAUUUAUCGGAUGUGGAUCUCUGUUAUGUCUGUGGUCCUCAAGCCAUUAAUUAAAUGGCCAAAUAAGGGAGCUAUACUUAAAAAUAUGCCCAAAAUGUUCAAACGACACUUCAAAAAAUGUCGCUGCAUAAUAGACUGCACAGAGAUCUUUAUAGCCCGACCUAGUAAUUUGACGGCAAGGGCCCAGACCUGGUCUAACUAUAAGCACAAUAAUACAGUAAAAUAUUUGAUCGCCAUCACUCCUGCUGGGGCAAUUUCGUUUUUGUCUCCAGGGUGGGGUGGACGGGUUUCUGAUAAACAGAUCACCAAAGAGUCAGGUUUCCUGGAACUGUUGGAGCCUAUGGAUGAGGUUUUAGCUGAUAGGGGAUUUUUAAUACGGGAUGAGCUUGCAGCAAUUGGUGCCACUCUUCGUAUCCCUCAUUUUACUAAAGGGAAAAAGCAACUGUCUGCAGGAGAAGUAGACACAUCCAGACAACUAUCUCGGGUUAGGAUUCAUGUUGAACGUGUCAUUGGUCGGUGGAAAAAUUUUAAGAUUUUACAAACUGUUAUUCCUGUGUCUCAGGUUGAUAUGCUAGAUGAUGUAGUGAUUGUGUGCGCUGCACUAACAAACCUCUGUAAAAGUGUGGUUCCCAAAGGCAGAAUUUCCAAAUAAGUCAUUCAUUUGAAAUGUUUAAAGGAGUAGUCCACUUUAAAGAUGGGCCCCAUUGACUUUUCAUAGUAGAAAAAAAUACUAUGGUAAAGUCAGUGGGCCCCAUCUUUAAAGUGGACUACUCCUUUAAUGAUUAAUGCUAUUUUGCUUUUGUAUAUUGUCAAAAUAUAUAACAUUGUUUCUGGUUAUGUUCCAUUAAAAAAAAUCAUAUUAUGGAAUAGUGUAACAAUUACUGUCACUUGUUUUAUUUAAUCUAACACAUAUGAAAUUGUAAAGAAACAAUAACAAAUGCAUCUGUAU